GUUUUUGAUUAUUCUUGCAUUCAAGUAUCUCGAUCUUGAUCGUUCUGUGCCUUGGUUCAGGUUUUCGCUGCAUAUAGAAAUCUCUUUUUAUUGCCAAAUCGUCUUCGCAUUCUUGACAGUUGUGGCGCUUCUUGAUUUGCACGGUCAAACAUCUUCCGGCACUUGACUGCAGAAGCAUUUCCCUUCGCCGCUCGCUACCACUACAGAAGCAAGAAACUAUGACCAACUGCAAGCGGCAAAAGAUGGCGGAGCACUUGCUAAGAGAAGUGCAACCUGGCAGCGCUGCAGCUACAGCCGAGGUAGUCGAUACCGAAACAAGCUUGCAGUGCAAGAAAGCCUAUGGUACUAGCAGUACCGAAGAACGCAGAAACAUGGACGGAAAAAACCGCCUCCUCCUCGAUAACGACGAGCUUCUUGCGUUGAUACACCGGGCGGAGUGGGAGAAGAACCGGUUGCGCAAACCCGAGGGGUCGCAGUUUCGUGUGGUUUGCUUGGUCCGGUAUUUUCCGUCCAAAGGAGCACGUUCUGCGGGGGACGGGGACUCGGUGCAAGAGACUGCCGCCGGUUCUCUGGAGCCCGAUUCCCGAUGCUUCGAUAGUACGGCACAAAUUGCCGUCGGGGCCAACAUGGAAUCCACCGGGCUGUGCUCCGGGGUCUGUGCGGAGCGGGUCGCUCUCACGCAUUUGCGAACCGUGGACCAAGACGCGGAUGUGCAGCAGUUGGUAAUCCUGACCGACAGCCCCGACUUCAUCGCCCCGGGGGCGAUGUGCCGCGAGUUCAUGGCGGAGCAUUUUGGCAUUUACGAGAAAAGGGUUCCCAUCUACCUCGUGGCCUCAAAAGGGGAGGUUAGUAAAAAUGGGGCGAGUUCUUGUGAUUCCGCAGUGCUUGACGCUGAUGCAGAUCCAGACAAUGUUCGGGUUGUAGAUGACCACACGACAAGCUGUACUAGAACGAACACUUCCUGGCGGCACACGGUUUGUUUUAUGCAGGACCUGUGGCGGUUCCGGUGCUGUUUCAUCGGCCAGAAGCGGGACGACUGCGAAGCCUUCGGGGGGGAGGUCAGCAAGUGUUGCGAGCCGGUCGUCCAGCGGGAGAGCAACAAUGCGGAGCUAGAUAUGGAUGUUCUGUCGCCGGAUCAAGCACGAGCACGCACCUCUCCCCUCCCCCACGCCGAGAGCUUUCGUGCCCUCUACGAACGCAUCCGUGAGAAGCAUCGCGAGAUCGCGGCGCAGCGCCAGGGAAAGCCGCAUUACCACCCGCUCUUUUUGGUCGCAGGAGCGAUGACCUUGAGCAGGCGGAAAACCUUCCUCGCCGCACAAACGCAGAGCAUCGAAUACCCCGGAAGUGGUAUGCCCGGUGUGAAAAGAACGUCGUGCAGGAGAACCCGUAGUCAAGAUCACUAUUUGGCUUCUCGUGCAAGACAGAUCUUUCUAGAAGGUUUGCUUAGGAUCUUGUUCCGAGGUGACAACUCUGGACACGCUCACGCAGUGUAAGGUGGUCUCUGCUUGGUCAAUGUCAAACUUGCAUCACUAAUUCAUUUUCUCAACUUUCCGAUUGGAACCAGUUGAACUGAACUGCUCUCGCAAUACCAUAUGCAAGUACGAUGAUGAGAACGACUUCUAGGAAACCUUCUCGUUGGGCGGAAUUCGACGAUGAAGUUUUACGCCGUUUUUGUGACUCUUGCUCGCUGAUGCAAUGUUGUGUAUGACAAAUAAUCUAUUGGGGUGAACUACUGCGCGACAUUUUGGAAUGGGAUAGACGUAGACGCGGUGUCGAAGGUACUAGUUUUUUUGGAGAAGGAACAGGAGGACCUUCAGCUGGCAUCGGUCGCCGGGGAUGAAAACAAGAGCGUAGUAGAAAAUAACGACGUUCUUGCGGCGCACCACAAGUUCACUUGUACAACCACGAGACGACUUGACCAGCCCGAGGCGCCAGUAUUGAUUCUGCUCGUCGACCAAUUUGGAAUCUGUCACGCGCCCGCCGCACCGGCACGGGCGUACUUCGCGGAGCAGGGGAAUUUCGAAUUCGUGCACACACUUGUCCAUGACAUUCCGUUGCCGAUCCGCACCGAGUGCGAAGAACGUUCGGCCUCCUUGUCCGGUUCCGACGACGUUCAAAAAGCCCCACGAUUCACGUUCCCCUUGGUACACUGUGAAAUGAAAAAUCUGUACGACGCGACCAGUUGCAUUAUCGAUUGGAAGGUUCUAUAAAGAGAGAGAGAGAGAGGAAGUACAAGUACCUACGUCAGACAGAUACACAGGCCGUGAAUGUGGUCCUCUUGUUCGUUAUUUUCACUUUGUCAGAAGAUUGCCGUUCC